GAAUAGAAAUUAAAUUUAUUCUACCGGGAUUUUCUAAAAAUCUCUGAUGCAAUUACUCUUACUAUGGAUUGUUAAUUAUUCUUUAAUUGUUGUUGUUCGUUAGUUUAACCAAUUGUGAUUCGUUUAUUUUUGGUUUGUUUAUUUCUCACUCUCGUUCUUCCGGGUUAAGGUUUUGUUAACCUCAUUGGAAUUGAAAUUGUAUCAAUUUUUGUUUCAAAUUCUCAAUGGAGGAAACGUCUACCUUAAUUGGUGGAUACGAUGUUGUUUUCCCAUUCAAACCUUAUCCUCUUCAAAAAGCUUACAUGAGCCAAGUCAUCAAAUGUCUUAGAGAGAAAAAGAAUGGCUUGUUGGAGAGUCCCACGGGUACCGGUAAAACUCUGUCUCUUCUUUGUUCUACUCUAUCCUGGUUGGAGAAAAAGAAUAGAACACCUUUACUUGAAUACUUUACUUCACCGUCACUUGAUGGUACAUCAGAAUGUCAAGGUGCCAGUUCAGAUGAUGUAGACUUUGUCGACCUCUGUGCCGAGCCUGAUGACCUGGUUGGAAUUAGUAAAGAUGAAAAGAAAAAAGAUGAAAAAAAAGGUCCUGUAAACGAACAACCCACAACCAAAGUUCUUUACUCAUCUCGAACUCAUGCUCAGCUUUCUCAAGCUUGUAAGGAGAUGAAAAGAUCACAUUACAAUUUCAUGCCUGGUCUAGUGAUGGGUGGUAGAGAUAAUCUCUGUAUCAAUGAAGAAGUUUCAAAAUUGGAAAACAAUACAGCUAAAACUCAUGCUUGUCGAGCUAAAACGAAAGCUAAACAGUGUCCAUAUCAUUUGCAGUAUGAAAAAAAAGUUCUAACCAUUGAUGACUUCAACUCGACUCCUAUUUUGGACAUUGAGGACCUGAAUACCCUCGGUAAAAAGCAUAAAGUAUGUCCAUAUUAUGCACUUCGAAUAUUGAAGCAAAAAUCAGAUGUUAUUUUCAUGCCUUACAACUAUUUGUUGGAUCCCUCUGCUCGAAAAGCUCUUGGAAUCGAGAUUGCAAACAAUGUUAUUAUAUUUGAUGAAGGCCACAAUAUCGAGCGAAUAUGUGAAGAUAGUGUAUCCGGUGAAUUGAAAUCUGAAUCGAUUGAAUAUCUUAUCAAAGAACUUAAAACUCUGACCCAUCACUUAAAAAGUUCAAAUCUUAUGAAUACUGUGGCUCCAGAAGCUCUCGAUGCAAUGCAAGGUCUAAGUCUUAACUCGGUUACCUUUCUUAAAGAUAUGUUGAUUGCGUUUCAAGGAGAAGUCGAAAAGGCUGUCCAAGAUGUUCAAGACAAAAAAGUUCACCAACAAAAAUGGAUUUUCGAAACCUUAGAGACGGUUGGUGUUCCAUUUGAAAAACAUACUAGUGUUUUCGAGGCGAUCGAUCAAAUCAUGAACUAUAUCAUCGAGGCAAGUCUAUUCGCCGGUAACAAUAACUUUGCAUCUUUUUCUGCUCAUUUAGAAAAGCUUAAUGACUUUUUCCUGAUUGUAUUUCCUGAUGGAUACGAUGACGAAAAGUCAUGGUUAGAAUUUAAAGGAGAAUUUCUCAAAAAGUAUCGAGUUUUCACCGAAAAAGAGAACGAAGAAAAUAGCGUCUCCAUGAGCAAUGGCCACACUAAAGUUAAUGGCUACUCACAAGCUACCAAGAAGUUCAAGGGUUGGACCUCUACCAAAAGAGAAUCUACUGACCAAAGAAAACCCUGGACACUCUAUUUAUGGUGUCUAAGUGCCAGCAUUGGAUUGAAUAGUCUACAAAAGAAAGGCGCACAUUGUACCAUUAUCACAAGCGGAACUUUGGCUCCCCUUCAGUCAUUUCAAAUCGAGUUAGAGACUCCGUUUCCUGUUAUACUACAAAAUAGACAUAUCAUCAAUGAAUCACAAAUUGGCAUUUACACUCUAUCUUUAGCUUACAAUAAUAUCCGUUACAACACUUCAUACGAGAAUCGCUCUAAUUUAGAGCAUAUCAAAACUAUCGGUCAAUCUAUAGUCAAUUUUUGCAACAUCAUACCCGAUGGAGUUCUUAUAUUUUUUUCUUCAUAUGCUGUCAUGGGAAGUAUACUCAAAGUAUGGAGAGAACAUGAAGAUGAUAAAAAGGGUAGUCUAGGAUGGAAAAUCUUCGCUAAUUUGAGAGCGAAAAAGACACUAUUCGAAGAGCCAAAGGACAAGAACGAGUUUGCCAAUUGUAUUGUUGAGUAUAAGAAAAAAAUAGAUCAAAAAAAUUCAAAAGGAGCUGUUUUCAUGGGUAUUUGUCGAGGAAAAUUAUCUGAAGGACUUGAUAUGGCUGAUCAUUAUUGUCGAGGUGUUUUGAUGGUUGGUUUACCUUUUCCUGCUACCCAAGAUCCUCGAGUUUUGGUUAAAAAACAAUAUUUACAAGAACAAAACAAUCCGGAAUUGAGUCCAACUGAUUGGUACACUUUACAAAUGAAACGAGCAUUAAAUCAAGCUAUUGGUCGAAUUGUAAGACAUAAAGAUGAUUAUGGAGUCGUUCUUCUUAUUGACCAUAGAUUCGAAAAAUUCGUUGCUGGAUUAUCCAAAUGGAUGCAUCCAUAUGUGAAAAAUGUUUCCUAUUCUGAAGCUACGAGAGCGGUCACUGCUUUCUUCCAACGCCAUCAGGCUAAAUCUAAAAAUGAUAUCAUCUUAUAGCGAUUGUAUUUAUAUUUUAUCUUAGAAGUAGAAGAAACAAUUUCUUCCAAAUUAAAUCAAUUUUUUCUGUAAUGACUUUCUUUUGUUUCAUCAUGUAAACAAAGAUUCAACACUUGUAUACUUCAAAAUGAGAAUUAAAUGUUUUUUUGGUGUGAAAA